CUCGUACUUUCUUACACUUGUUUCUGGAGGGGUAUCAUUGGUUUCGAGCAAGGGCAACGAAUCGACAGGAUAUACUUACUCCGCAGGCCGUGAGACCAGGCCGCCAUGGCGGCUGUAGCAGCCCCCAGAUUGUCUAUCAAAAAGGAGGAUGAAUUCAUUCCUAUCCCCGUUGCGAGCCCAAGGAGGCCCGAGCGUACGCGCGCGGGACCAUCUGCUCUGUUCAAGAAGAUCGCGCGGGUCGCUCUGUUGGCUCUUACUGUCGGAGCUGUACACAGAGCGUGGAACAACCAUCAGGCUAGGAAGGCGUUGCAGGCCACCGAUUUUACGAAUGAGCUGUGGGCGUUGGACGCGUUCGCCCCAAGACACGGAAAACCCCCCAUGAUCGGAAAGGAAGUCGAGGAUAUCUUUUUGUCGGUACCGAACAGUGCAAGCGCUAUCGCAGCUUCCCGCCAGUACGCUACAAAGCCUCAUUUGGCCGGCUCCGAGGGGGACUUCAACACUGCAAAGUACUUCCUCGAGCUUCUGCAGCACGAGUUUAGCAUCCAGCCGACAUCCUCCGAGCCCAUCUACUCCGCCGGGACCCCCGCUUCUCGCAACGCUACACUGUCCAUCACGAACCUCACUUCCCCAGCUGCUUGGAUCGACACGUACUACCCUGUCAUGAACACGCCUUUGGACAGGAAGCUUGAAAUUAUCGGAGACGACGGGGAGGUCGUGUGGAGCGCAAAGGUGGAGGAGGUUGCCGACAGCACGGACCCCGAGGCGGGGGUGUACGCGGAAGCUGUGCCGACCUUCCACGGGCUGAGCAAGAAUGGGACUGCCGAGGGCCAGCUGGUGUAUGCGCACUAUGGGCGCCGAGAGGACUAUGCUGCUCUUGUCGAGAAAGGCGUUGACCUGAAGGGAAAGAUAGUCAUUACCCGCUACGGUGGUAUCUUCCGAGGGCUAAAGGUCAAAGGUGCCGAGGAACUCGGCGCGGCAGGCGUUCUCAUCUACUCCGACCCCCGCGACGACGGCACAGUAACCGUCGAGAACGGAUAUGCGCCCUAUCCCAACGGCCCCGCGCGCAACCCGACGUCUGUCCAGCGCGGCUCGGUGCAGUACCUGUCCAUGUACCCCGGCGACCCUACGACGCCCGGCUACCCGGCGUACGAGAACAGCACACGUACCGACGGUGCGAACAUUCCGAAGAUCCCUAGCUUGCCGAUGUCUUGGAAUAACGCGAAGAGGCUGUUGGAGGAGAUCGCGGAAGGUGGAGGGAACAAGACGAUCAGGCUUGUCAAUCAUGUGGACGAUCGGGUUAUACCCAUUUGGAAUACUAUGGGUGUUAUUCCAGGUCACAUCAAGGAUGAAGUCGUGCUCGUUGGCAACCACAGGGAUGCUUGGGUAAUGGGUGCUACUGACCCAUCAUCCGGAACCGCAUCCGCACAUGAAAUGAUCCGCGGAUUCGGUGUUCUCUUGAGGAAGGGCUGGAAACCACUUAGGACUAUCGUCAUUGCAAGUUGGGAUGCUGAGGAGUAUGGCCUUAUUGGGAGCACUGAAUGGGGAGAGGAUUUCGCGGAUUGGAUUCAGGAGCACGUUGUAACCUAUCUGAACCUCGACUCCUCCGUCGGAGGCUCUCGAUACCGCGCUUCUGCGUCACCCUCGCUUGCUCACCUGUCGCGUCAGACGGCGGAAGAGAUCCCUCAUCCGACUAUGCCCGGCAAGACCUUGUGGGACGCCACGACCGAUUCUGGUCCGUUCUAUGGAGAGAACAUCGACGAGGAGGUCAAGGCCAUGUAUGAGCAAGACGUCGAGGCGUUCGCUGCGAGCGGGUUGGGCGUCAGUCCGCUUGGCUCCGGUAGCGACUAUACGGUAUUCUUGCAAAGACUCGGGGUCGCGAGUGGCAACGAAGGGUUCGGGAGCACUCUGUCCGAUGCUGUCUAUCAUUACCACUCUGUUUUCGAUUCCCAGAGAUGGCAGGAACUGUACUGCGAUCCUGGAUUUACGAAGCAUGUUGUUAUUGCGAAGCAUCUCGGAUUGCAGACCCUACGUCUCGCCGGCUCUAUCGUCCUGCCUCUGAAUACGACUCAUUAUGCUUACGAGCUCGAGUCUUACCUUGACAAGGUGGAGGAGAUUGUAUCCUCAUCCUCUGCGGAGGUAAAUCUCUUGCCUCUGAGACAGUCCAUCAAAGCCCUCCAGAAAGCCAGUGUUGCACUCGACGUCGAAAAGCACAGGGCAGAGCAUGCGCUCAGGCGCGCCAUCGAGAAACUGAAGAAGAAACAUGCUAUCAUGCGAAAGAUCAGGAAGGCUAUUUGCAAGAUCAGGAAACAUAUCGGCAAGCCGUGCCAUAAGAAGGAGGAUGAGGAGGCUGUUUGUGAUAUCAAGUCGUUGACUCCUCCCGAAUUUGUGGGCAAAGACGGGCGUGUCAUCAAGCCGAGGCUUGGGCGUGCAGUCGGUAUCAUGUUGGAGCGACGGGCAGAAGAGUGCAGGGCGGCUCAGCGUCGAUCUGAAAUGCCCCUCUUGUUGGCCCACCCGAGUCGCAAGCUGCUGAAGGCUGUUAAGCGCGUGCAGGCCGCUAACAAGAAGCUCGUGGCGUUCGAGCGAGGGCUCAUCUCCGACGAAGGUAUUAAGGACCGUGAGUGGUAUAAGCAUCUCGGUGUAGCGCCGGGCAAGUGGCUAGGGUAUGGUGCUACCACCCUUCCGGCGUUGACGGAGUCCAUCACCAUUGAUAACAACUCGACGCUGGCCAAAUAUGAGGCCAUGAGGUUAAAAGAGCUCAUUGAUGGUUUGACUGCGAAGAUGAAGUCUUGAGUUGUAUUUCAGUUGUUGCAUGUAUUGAUAUCUUGUACUUUUGUAUGCCUUGACAUUUGCUAUUCAUUUUGUUCUCGUCGUUGUCUCGCCAUUAAUCGAGGUGGUGCCCCU